AUGUCCCAAGAUAUCACCGUCAAGUCAGUCCUUAAAUGCGUGGCAUCAAGUGGAAACGCAGCGCUGUCCUGGGGCAAGUGGCAACAGGACGGUCAAGAUGUGACUACGGUCAACAACAUUGAAUUCAAUAAUGUUCAAGAGGCGAAUUUCAGGGCGUCAGGGCGCGAUAACAGUCCUUCGGGUGCCGAAGAACAAUUCGAAAUACACACAGAGUUCGAGUCGUUAUCGGAAGAUACUCCUGAGUUAUACGCGGAGCGAGAACAAUUCGACUCCAAAUAUUUCUCACUGGUGGCAACGGCGUCGUUGGUGAAAGUGGUUGACGCACAGGGGAGACUUCGCACGGCUCGCGUCAUACUCGACAACGGCAGCACUUCACACUUCGUCACACAACACCUCUGUGAGAAACUAGGUGUUCUGCAACAGGGAUCAUUAGUCUUGGUCAAAGACAAAAACCAACCACCACUGCUUUGGCUUCUCGGCAGAGUCUUGAAGGUUCACCCGGGAAGAGACAACAUCAACCAUGUAGCCGACAUCUUAACCAAGAAAGGAGUCAUCCAGAGGGCUUACAACAACAUAUGUCCACUCCUGGUCUCCGCAGCAUCAUCU